UAUGCUUCACGACAACGUACGAGACGUAUUAAAAGUCACCAUACCAUACUAAAAACUCGACCGACAUGCGCCUCCGCAGUCUUAUCGCAAUCUUCCGAAUCAUUGAAGCUUCUCUCCGCACGAACAAGUUUCAAUCAGUCUCGCCUUACGUACCCUACCAACGGCCGAAUACAGCUCUCAGUAGCCAGGAGCUUAUGCGAAAUAUUCAAAAUGAGUAGCGACGGGGACGGCGCCUCCUUAAUGGCGACUUUCCAGGGUAAAGGAAAGCCGACGACCACUCGCCGACAAAAGUCAUUCUCACCUGGGGAUUUCUUCUCGGAUCAAAGCUCAGCUGCCGAGGAACUGCAGCAAAAGCGCAAAACCAUGCCCCGCCGCAAAUUGAUCGCUGUACGCGUGUCGCCAAUACGUAACCGUCACGAAUAUACUUAUCAUGAGCCCAAAGAGACGGUCGAGAAGGUAUAUCGCGAAUAUGAUCGCGACGGCAUUCUCAUGUACACGGUGGGAUUAGAUGGCGGAAUUACUAAAGGGGUCACCUUCGACGAACUCCUACAACUCGACAGCGGCCAAGCAGCUUUCCAACACUUUGAGCAGCACGACGACGGCGUUUCCAGCUCGAGUAGUACAGAAGCAUCGGAUAUGAGGAUCCGCAAGAUCAGGCCCAAGCGAGCCAAGGGCUCCGGAUUCACCAAAGUCGCAGGCGUAGACUUCUCUUCUUCCGACGACGAGCUAGCCUCACCAAAACCUCGGCAUAAGCGUGGCAUAUCGCGGAAAGCCGGACGGCCACGCAAAGGCGGUGCUUCUGUCAUGUCAUCCAGCGAGGACGAUGACGGCGAGCCCAAACGACGACGUAGACGACAACCGCCACAGGGACCCACCCGUCGAUCUGACCGGAAACCCGCCCAAAUCCAUAACUAUGACCUAGAUUCAGAAGAUGAGCACUCCAGCGACGAGGAAGAUGAAAACUCUAGUGAUGUGGACAUUCUUCACUCUGACAUCAUGGGCGGGCGCAAGCGAAAACGCGGGCGUCCUGGCAAAGUGGCCUCCCCGUCGCUGCCGCGCGCAGGCAUUCGCCAAUCAGAGAGGGCAACCCGCGCUACAAACAAUAUGCAAGAAGUCCAGGAGAACGAGAUGUUCAGGGACGACUCUCCGCCAAAGCCCGUAGCACCGAAGAUCACCAACGCCAAAGAAGUCUUUGUGACACUUCCACGAAGCGAUCUCUUCCGGGCCCGCCACGCAGAAGGCUGCGAAGUCUGCUACAAAGGACCUAGCCUGGCUCCACUCGUUUAUUGUCAAGGCUGUUCAUUGUCUUACCACAAGAACUGUCUGGGCAAUCGUGCGGGCCGCGAGCAUCUGGUGACUAAGAUUGGGGAAGACAACUACGUUCUCCAGUGCAGGAGGUGCGUCAAUAUGUACAAGAAGAAGGACCGCACUGCCCCGGAUCUAUCAAUGUGCCAGGACUGCCAUCACACAGGUCCGGCUUGCAAACCAUUUAGGCGCUUCAAGACCCCAACUCAGGAACAAAAAGAACGUGAGGAGAAUGACGGUUUCGACCCAAUUGUUGACGUCCAAUCCGAGCUUAUCAACAAUGCGCGGAAUGUCAUGUUUCGGUGCACGAAAUGUUGGCGAGCUUAUCACUAUCAUCAUCUGCCUUCGCUGUCACCGUACGCCAUGGAUAUAACACGAGACGAGGAUGAGAUUGCAGAUGACCGCUUUCGGGAAUAUUCUUCACGGUGGACUUGCAAGGAAUGCGACGAAACCGAGGAUAUGAAGGUGUCCGGUCUCGUUGCCUGGCGCCCCGCUGAUGUCGAGACAUACCGUCCUGGCACAGCCUGUUACGAGAUUAACGAGGAUGACAAACAGUAUCUGAUCAAGUGGGAGAAUCAAUCGUACUUUAGGUCUACUUGGUUCUCGGGUGCCUGGACUUGGGGUGUGACUGCCCCCGUGACUCGCAAGGCUUUCUUCAAACGCGAGAAUGGUCCCAAGAUGCGCACAGAGGAUGCCAUUCCCGAGGAGUACUUUCGAAUAGACAUCGUUCUGGACAUCAAAUAUACCAGCUACGUCGAUGUCAAGAGCGAAGAGAUCUUGAAAGCCCGCAUCAAGGAAGUCGACAAGGCAUUGAUCAAAUACAAGGGUCUUGGAUAUGAAGAUGCCGUCUGGGAGCGCGUUCCUACGCCAGAAGACGGUGAUAGGUGGCUCGACUUCGUCACGGCGUACAACGACUGGGUCGCUGGUCAAUACAUCCGCUAUCCCAAGCAAUCUGCUUUGAGAGGCCGCAUUGAAAAGGUCCGCGCGUCGCCAUUCGCCAAAUUAGAGAAGCAGAAGCAACCAGGCAAUCUCGUCGGAGGAGAGUUGAUGAAGUAUCAGCUAGAGGGACUGAAUUGGCUCUACUAUCAAUGGUACAGCCUGAAAAACGGUAUCCUGGCCGAUGAAAUGGGUCUCGGCAAAACCAUCCAAGUCAUCGCCUUUAUGGCUACCCUGAUCGAAGAGCACAACUGCUUCCCUUUUCUCGUUGUCGUUCCUAACUCCACCUGCGCUAAUUGGCGUCGAGAGAUUAAGCAAUGGAUACCUUCUCUGCGCGUUGUCACCUUCUUCGGUUCGGCCGCGGCACGGAACAUGGCCUCCAAGUACGAAAUGUUCCCUGGUGGCUCCAAAGAACUUCGAGCACACAUUGUAGUGACCUCCUACGAGGCUGCUACGGAUGACAGCUGUCGACGUAUAUUCCGGGGCAUCAGCUGGGCAGGCCUGAUCAUUGACGAAGGGCAGCGACUCAAGAACGACAAGAGCCAGCUCUACGAGGCUCUGACAGCGGUCAAGGCUCCAUUCCGACUGUUGCUGACGGGAACGCCCCUUCAAAACAAUGCUAGGGAACUCUUCAACCUUCUUCAAUUCUUAGACGACACUAUCAAUGCCGCCGCUCUGGAGGAGAAGUAUGCUGAGAUGACUUCUGAGAACGUCCGAGAGCUUCAUGAACAAAUCCGGCCGUUCAUUCUGCGAAGGACAAAAGCCCAAGUUUUGACAUUCCUUCCGCCUCUGGGUCAAAUCAUCGUCCCACUGUCUAUGAGCACUUUACAAAAGACACUGUACAAGUCUGUCCUCGCCAAAAAUCCGGAGCUCCUGAAGGCGCUUUUCACCGCCAGCAGUUUGAAGCAGCAGGAACGCGCAAAUCUUAGCAACAUCUUGAUGCAGCUUCGCAAGUGCCUUUGUCAUCCGUUCGUAUACAACAGGGAAAUUGAAGAGCGCUCAGACAUCCAAGCUGUAUCCCAUCGUAACCUCGUCGAGGCAUCUGCAAAGCUUCAAUUGUUGGAGCUUCUACUUCCCAAGCUGCAGGAGCGUGGCCACCGUGUCUUGAUCUUCAGUCAAUUCCUCGACAUGUUGAGCAUCAUUGAGGAUUUCAUGGAUGGUAUGCAAAUGGCAUAUCAGCGGCUCGAUGGCACCAUGGGCUCUUUGGAGAAGCAGAAGCGCAUCGAUCAAUUCAAUGCCCCUGACUCUCCAUUGUUUGCUUUCCUCCUGUCAACACGUGCUGGAGGUGUCGGGAUCAAUUUGGCAACAGCCGAUACCAUCAUCAUUCUGGAUCCGGACUUCAACCCCCAUCAGGACAUCCAAGCUAUUUCCAGAGCGCAUCGUAUCGGGCAAAAGAAAAAAGUCUUGUGCUUCCAAUUGAUGACACGUUCAAGCGUCGAAGAAAAGAUUGUUCAGAUGGGUCGGAAGAAGAUGGCUCUCGAUCAUGUCGUUGUAGAGUCACUUGAUGCAGAAGACAUAGAAGAGAAGGACGUGCAAUCAAUUCUCAAAUUCGGUGCAGCUGAGUUGUUCAAGGACGACAACGCCGAUCAGGAUAUACGUUUCGACGAUGCCUCCAUUGAGAAGCUUCUAGACCGCAGCCAAAUCGAAAACACGAGGCAGAAUGCAGACGAUUCCCUUGAAGCGCAAUUCAGUGUUGCCCGUGUCUGGGCCAAUGAUUUGGGCGCACUUGAGGAUACACUGAUGACGGCGGACGAGAUCGCACCUCCCGAUCCAGGAGUUUGGGAUAAGAUUCUGAAGGAGCGACAAGCUGCUGCGGCAGCAGAGGCACUCAGGCGUGCCGAUGCUUUGGGCCGUGGCAAACGAGCUCGCAUGAACGUUGACUACGGCAUCGAAAAUAAUAAGGACUUGGCCGACGGCAUCGAUAGUACCACCACAUCGCCAGUUAAAGUCGACAAAUCGAGCAGCGCGCCCGAGAAACCGAAGAAGAAGAAGAAAAUGGAUUCUUCUGAUGAUGACACAGACUUCCAGCUUUCCUCUGAAUCGGAGGCAGAAAGUGCGGGUAUGCCCGACGACGACGAAGCUCAAGAAGAAUCAGCCAAUCUGCAAGGCAAGGACGUUGCGCGAGCCAAUCCAAAAACACUAGUAGGGGCUUCCAAGAAUACUGGUAGACCAGAAGGUGGCUCUCUAAUGGAUAUUCGAGUGGGUACGAAGGCAACCGCACAAUCCACACCUGGUUCCGUCAAAAAGCCAACCAACAUCAAACCCGCAAAGCAUGCUCCUCAUCGCUCAGUAGUCGGCACCUUUCAACGAGCAAAAAUGCCUAUUCGCUCGCCCCUUGGACCUACCUUCAAUCCAGCAAUGCUCCCUACAUGUCCUGCCUGCCGCACACAGCACCCCCGCGGGGCGUGUGAGCUCAAAGCCAGUGGUGUUGAGCACUGUGGAUUGUGCGGACUUGCUCACUUCGGCUUUGCACGCACUUGCCCGCACAUUCGAUCGGAGACUCAGGUACGCGCCAUGCUCGAAGCGUUAAAGAGCUCGCCCGAAAAGAAGGAGAUUGUGGAUGCUGCAACCAAGUACUUGCGUGGCGUGAAGGGCCAUCUCGUCCAACUUAAGAAGAAAGAGAAGGAUCGAUCGGCGGGUAUAAGCGGGCCUGCCGUUCGACCUUCCAUUCAACAGCAGUACACGCAUCAAGCGCCUCCUGCCUCGGCAUAUGGUGCUUCGCAACCCGUUGCGACUAUAGGCUAUGGUGGGACUAACGUUCAUGGUUAUGGUUCGCCUUACGCUCCACAAGUACCUCAGGCGUCACAACAGCAGCAAGUUUCCCCUCAAAUGCCGCAAGGUCCGUCGCGAUCUCAACACCCACAGAGCCUGCAGGCGUACGGAUACCAUGACAGUCCCGUGAACCCAGAUACCGGCCGCCCGUACGACGAGCGUGAGGUUGCGGAUGCCCUGAACGGCUUCUUAGGUCGUUGA